CGGAUGUGUGGGCCCUGGGUUGCUGCCUGUAUGAGAUGGCCUCUCUGAAGCACGCCUUCCCCUUCUAUGACAAGGACAUCAACAACCUGGCCCUCAAGAUUGUCAAAGGAAAGAUGGGUCCGCUGUACAACAGUUACAGCCGUGACCUUGUGGACCUGAUCAAGGACAUGCUGCAGAUAGAGCCCGACCAGCGCCCGACCGUACGCACCAUCCUCCGCACCAAGUUCAUCAAGAAACAUGUGUCCAAGUUCCUGGAGGAAUCUAUCAGAGACUCCUACGGAAUGAGGUGCGAUGUUCGAUUCCCCACCUCCCCUGCCUGGGAUGAGUACAACCAGUACCGCUUCCCCUCCCCUCCCUCCUCCCCCACCCCUGGGGACAGUGAGCAGUCCCAAGAGGAGGACACUCCAAAGAAGAGGGUGGUCACCGGACCGCUGGUAGAUAUGGAAGUCAAAACUAAGGAGACAGCUAAGGCUAAACCAUUUGGUGCGCCUGUACGUGUGCCUCCCUCAUCAGAUCCAGUGGAGAUCCCCAGGAAACGAGCCCGAGAAGAACCUCCUGAGGAGACCAUCGAUGAUGAUGAUGAUGAUAUCGACAACAUCAGUCAGACCAGCUCAGAGGUGGAACUGAUGAGGCUGACGGAGGAGUUCCUUAAAGAAGCUGAGGGGCCAGCCAGUCCAGUGCCCAGCCCUGACCUUCCUCCCCCACCAACUCCCAGGUCGGCCAGAAUCAUCGCAAAGGAGGCUCCUGAUCUUCUCAAGAAGUGGAAGGCUGAGCUUGAUUUGGACAAUGAUUCUUUUGACCCAGUCACAUCUAUGGGAGACGAUGUUAUUCAAAACUCUGAUGAGAAUGCAGACAGUGAUGAGGCAGAAGCUGAACUUCCUCCAGACAACAAACAGUUUGUACGUCAAAGGAGGGAGUCAACAAAAUCGACCAAAUCCACAGAAUCCGAUGGUCCAAUUAUUCCAGAGACUCUGACGGGUGAUGCAACUUCUGAUAGAAUUGCUCCUCUGCCAGUGGAACAAGGCCUAGAAACAUUGCCAAAUACAGAGAACAAAGAAUCUGUAAAGAACGAUAUUGGCGAUACAUGUACUACUGAUGAUAUAGUGUUUUCAGAUACUAACUUGAGCAGGACAGAGGAAAAUGGUGACGAUGAAGAACAUGAUGUUCCUUCAGAUGAGCAAAGACAUGCUAGUGAUGAGGACCCAGCCAUAAGUAAAGUAGAGUCUCAGCAAAGUGGUGAGAUUACCAAACCGGAGGUUGAUUGUCAAGGAGACAGACAAGAUACCCUUUCCCCAAUGACAAGUGAUGAAGAAUCAGCCAAGACUGAAGAAGAGUCUCAGCAAAAUGGUGAGACUACCAAAACUGAGGCUCAUCUUCCAGGAGACAGACAAGAUACUCCUUCCCUUAAGACAAGUGAUGAAGAAUCAGCUAUGAUAGAGGUAGACUCACAGCAACAUGGCGAAAGUAAAGAGCUUGAGCCAGAUGCAGAAAGACAUGACACCAUCUCUUCCUCAAAGACACAUGAUGAUGAUCCAGCCAUGGUGGAACCAAACUCUAUUGACAAGUCUGAAUCUGAAGAUGCCAAAUGUGAGACUAUUGGUGUGAUGACGCCAAACAACCCAGUUGAUGCCAUAUCGGAUGAAGAAUCACCUACCACAGAUCCCAGUCAGGAACUGCCUGCGGGACUGUUACCACUCCUGAUGGUGGAUGAGGUGUUUAGACAAUAUAUUUUGGAGAACAAACAUGGGGAAAACUUAUUUGGCAAGCCUGAAAAUACAAGUAACGGUGAAUCAGAAAAACACAAAGGAGGACCCCCAAGAGACAAGGAGGAAGAAGACAUCCCAGCAUCAGCAUCUCCAUCAGACAACUCUCCUUUAGAGGACCCUCAGGAGCAGGGGAGUGUGGUGGAACCAGAAGAUGUGGAAGUGUGUAUUCUCAUGAAUGGAUCAGAGGAAAAGGAGACAGAAGACAAGAUACAGGCAGACACCGAAUCAUUCACAGAGGACAAGAAUGAUGAAGACAGCACUCACAAGCCCAGAGAAGAUAUCUCGUACAGCUCGUAUGUCAGGAAAAACUUGGACCAUAAGGUUGCAGGUCGAGGACGAAGCCCCCCUAGGGAAAAGGAGGGUGAGGAAGUGUGGAGCCCUACCAGGGUUGUGCAGAGAUUAUCUACACCCAGCCCAGUCUUCUCUGCCCCACCGGCUUUGCCUCCACCACCCAAACAGCCUCUCCUCAAGAGCGCCAGUGACAGGGAGAAAAGCACAGAGAGGAGGAGGCAGCAUGAGAUGGAGCACAGCUACGCGGAAUCAUCAUCACGCUACUCGGUCGAAGUAAAGAAACCUGGCCGAGCCUCUCCUGCCGUCUCUUCAAGCAGAGAGAGUGAUAGGGCCUCGCCUCAUGAGACACAACGUGCACGGCAGGACCGAGCCUCUCCUGCCGUGUCGUCAAGCAGAGAGAGCAAUAGGUCAUCGCCUUUUGGAACACAAGGGUCACCACGUGCACGACAGGGUCGGUCGUCUCCACAGAUGGAAGAUGAGGACUCAGAUCCAAGGAGAGUCAGCAGAGACAGACACAUAGCAUCCGAUUCUGGAGGAAAAAGUGAAAAGCAAGACAGGUACAGCCCUCUGAGACGCGUGGAGCAAGAGAGAGAGGACCACACUACUGAGAAACACACACGAGGAAGACUGUCCAAUUCAAAGUCUCCAGCUAGGGCUGUGAAGGUGGGGGAGUACAGCUCUAAAGCUGUCAAAGUGUCCACCAAAGUUCAGAUUUAUCAUGCUGAAGAGGAAGAGGGUCCACAGCGGUCUCCCUCUCAAGACAGUGGCUUGGACAGUAUUGAAGAACAGGUGACAAAGCUAGCACAGGAGUACCCAGCUCAGCCAGAGACAAACGAGCCAUUGAACAGGUCACUACAGUCACCUCUAACACCAACUGGUGAUGCUUAUGACUGGAGGAUGCACGUCGGAGGGACUCUAACGCUUGCAGAGAGGAGUGGAGAGUUUUCAGAGGUAGUAGCUCAAAUAGAACGGGAAGAAGAAGAGGAGAGAGCCACAAGUACUAGACAAGAAAAGGCACAUGCCAGUAGAAAGGGAGUGAACGCAGCAUCAUUGAAAAUUAGCCUAAGUUCUAAAAGUGUCACACAGAAGUCAAUGUCUCAAGAAUUUGACAACUCCAAGCUUAGGUCAAGAUUAAGUGAUGUCUCCAGGAGUAGGUCAGAAGAAAGACUUGAUCAGGUUCCAAAGGUCCCCAAAAUCUCUGAGCCAAGACAGGUUCCCUACACUUCCCCGAUGGUGAAUAGAAAGGUCCGCAAACCCCGUUACGAAGUAGAGGAGGGUGACGCAGUGGUGUUGAAAAGCACGUUGGAAUCAUCCGUGCUGACGGCCGCUGACGUGAUUGAGUGGAGUUACGUGAAGAAAAGGACGUAUAGCCGCGAGACCGUGUACCAGAUCCAGUCCUCCAGUAAGGUGGCGUACGGGCUGUUCAGGGGGAGGGUGUCCAUUGAAGGAACAGCAGCCCUGAGGAUAUUCCCAGCCAAGCCACAGGACACAGGAAGGUACUACUGCACUGCUCGGGAUGUGGAUGGAAAUGAGUCAGAGGGCUACCUGGAGCUUAUUGUUGAAGCGGUGGACAAGCGGCGCUGGUCAGCCCCUGCCGACAUGCGGCCUGCGGCCGACCUCACCCCAACCCCAACCCCUCCCAACACACCUGUCAUCGAUGGGUCCCGCAGUCCCAACGUGGAACCUGCGUACCCUAAACCAGACCAGACCAGUAGGGAGGUGGCUAGUCCUACUGUUGUGAAUGAGAUACCAAGGAGAAGUCCUCAUCACAAGCCAUCAAUCAUCUUGGAGGAAAAGGAAGGGUCCAGCUCUGAGGAGGAGCAGGACAAGAGGAGGUAUACUACCAAGAACCUUUCUCCUCCUGCCUCUGUGGUCUCCAGCCUGACUGGUUCAGCCACAGACCUGCAGCUCAUGAUUGCCAUGAAGGAGAGAGAGAGAGAGAAGGAGAGAGAAAAGGAGAGAGACAGAGACAGGAGAAGACAGUCUCCGUCCCCUAUGGGCAGAAGGAGGGAGUCUCCCUCCUCCCCAGCAAGGAGGGCGAGCCCCAGCCCUGGAAGGAGUAGUCCUCUCAGCAGCAGGGGACAGUCACCAGAAGUUCGCCAUGCUUACACCCCCAUGGUGACCCCUCCCCCCAUCCCGGCCCCCCCUGUAGGGGUGUACCUCACCAAGGCCAGCCCAAGGGAAGACUUCAAGGUCAGGGGAAGGUCAUCUGGAGGCUCUGACAAGGUCAUCUCUCCGACCUCUGUGAGUAGGAGAUAUGUGGCUUCCUGGUGCUGGGUUACCGAGUAGGCACAUGACAAGGACUCGGCUCAAACUGG